CAGAGAGAGAGAGAGAGAGAAGAAGACGGGUCCUCUGUCUCUCUCUGUUUUUCUCUGCGUGGGGGACGCUUGGAGCUGGGGAGAGGGAUGGAGGUGCAGAGGUUCGCGGUGCUGCUGUGUGCGGAGGACUCGGAGUACAUGAAGAGGCAGUACGGGGGAUAUUUCGGGCUUUUCAAGGGAAUGCUGGCCGAGGAGGGGGAGGCCUGGGACGUGUACCGCGUGGCCGCCGGGGAGCUCCCUGGAGAAGCCGACAUCGGGCUCUACGACGGCUUCGUCAUCACCGGCAGCUGCAGUAACGCCCACGGCGAUGACGCCUGGAUCUGGCAGCUGAUCAACCUGCUGAAGAAGCUCGACUCCAUGAAGAAGAAGAUCCUCGGCAUCUGCUUCGGACACCAGGUAUUGGGGCGUGCCUUGGGAGGCAAAGUAGGACGUGCCAAAUCAUGGGACAUAGGACUGACAAAUAUACAACUGUCUCCAUCCUCCAAGCACUUCUCAUCACUUGAACUUCCUGCACAACUCUCUGUGAUCGAAUGCCACCAGGACGAGCUGAUGGAACUGCCGGCAAAAGCGGAGGUGAUAGCAAGGUCGGACAAAACAGACAUUGAGAUGUUUAGGUAUGGGGAUCAUAUCAUGGGCAUUCAGGGCCACCCUGAGUACAACCGCGACAUUCUUCUCCACCUCAUUGACCGUCUCCUCCUUCGUGGCCUCAUCACCGAGUCGUAUGCUGAUGAACUGAAGGUCAACAUGGGGGCAUGUGAACCGGACAGGGAGGCAUGGAAGAGGCUCUGCAUCAGCUUUCUCAAGGGUGGUUUCUUGUGAUGAUUUCUUUGAUUGGCAAAAAUAAAGCGCAAAAAUAAAUAAAUAAAAAAUAUUGAAGGAAAGAGAAGAAGGGUGUUCUACGUUGCUUUCCGUAGCGGCAAAUGAAAGGCGGACAGAAGUUCCAUCUGAAAGUCAAUGAAAGGAGAGAUGAACCAAAAGGGGGCAAUGUUAACGAUGGGGAAUUACAUGCAUGGAGAGGAGGCCUAGAAAUGGUUCGUGUUCGGCAAGCAUGCGUGCGUUUCUAAGUAGUUGACUAAGACCACCAAUGUCGAUUUGAUGAGAGAGCAAUCUCGGUUGCACAAUUCUAGUCUGGCAUCUUGAAUUUGACCUUUAUCUUCCUUUGACAUUCCAACGUUUACCAAUUCAAGACCCUUCGUUUUGCUUCCGGAACGACUUUCCUUAGGUUGGAAGAUUCCUUGCCAUUUGGCAGGUUAAAUUCGAUCGACUAUGUAAAAUGCUGGUUUUUGUCAACAAGUGCGAUAAACAUA